UCGGUACAGAGAAAGAUAAGGUGAACUGUUCUUUCUACUUUAAAAUUGGUGCCUGCCGCCAUGGUGACCGAUGCUCCAGAUUACAUAAUAAACCAACUUUCAGCCAGACCAUCGUGAUUCAAAACAUCUACCGUAACCCCCAAAACAGUGCGCAGACGGCCGACGGCUCCCACUGUAAGUGCCUCCGGUCCAGUCCUCUCAGCCCACCAGGUCAUUCUAGCUCUCUCCCCCUCCUCAGAUUUUAGGUCUGCGUCUCCACUGGCUUCCUGCAGGGCUUCGGAGGGUCUGUCUCAGCACUGGUAGCAGGGGGUACCACAACACUACCUCAACACUUUAGUAUAUCGCCAUUCCAAUAGAUUUUUUUCAAUAGAUUUUUUAAUCUGUUGCCGUUCAGGAGGUCUAGGUGUAGAAUGACAUGCUCUGAUAGUGACAUUGAAAAGGACUCAAAAAAUGCCUUGAUCCCCACAAUUCACAUCAAGUUAUUAUCCACAGGAAAUCUCCUCAUAGUACCUGUUUUCUAACAGUUAUAGUGCACAGAUGACUGACUGUCUUUUUCAGGCGCUUUCAGACAAGACCGACUGCCCUAGUGCCCAACAUGCAUUUGUGAAUAGCUAGGUUUCCAUCCAAUUGGCGACAUUUUAUGCGAAUAUUCUAAAAUCUGCAUAAACCAAUGUGCGCACUUUCCCCCAUGAGAUAUUUUUCUGUUGCAGAUAAAAGGCUGUGUGUGAUGAGUGAACAUAAAAAUACCCUUUGCUGUUAAAUGGGUUUCCAUUGCAUUCAACUCUACUGACGGUUUUCUCACAAGAGAACGUGCGUUAUAGCCAGUGUGCCCACUCUGGUAUUGGCACGUGCGCUCUAGCAGCGCUAUCUGUGCACUGUUGGCUAGAGCGCGUGUAUAGCCUACAUGAUUACAUUAUUAUUAUUAUUAUUAUUAUUAUUAUGGACAAAAUAGUGAGAUUAUUUUUGUCAAACGGCAGCCAAGCAUCGAUCAUCAUGUCACCAGAAUAAGACCCUAGAUAUUUAUUGAAAAGGAGCAUCAUGCUCAUCACCUUGCACUUCCACCACCCUGUGAAGUUCAUCAUAAUUUAUUUCAUCUGUAGUCUGAUAAACUGCAUGCUUUACCGACGAGUCGUAGUGGGAGGACCACACAACAUGAAAUCACGUGACUCCAAGUUUACUUUGAUGUGAUGGUUAUUAUAUCAAUAUUUGCGCUUAAAAGCGUUUCCACCAACAUUUCUCGCAUUAUUAAUUUUACCAACACAAAAAGAUCACACCUUGUGAAGCGUAUUUUGUUUUGUCGACAUUUGGAAAGUUAAAUGAAAAAUGUUUUUUUUUUUAUCCGACAUGCACUUUACUCGCAUAAAAAGGUUGGAUAAGAACCUGGUUAAAGACAGCAAAAAAAUCUACAUGAGUUACUGUCUAGACACAGAACAGUUUUGGAUUUUAGUUUUUGCUCUUGCAAUACUGCCGCCCCUAUACGUUAGACUGAUUGACGUCAUCAGCCAUAUUGUAAAUGUGUAAAGGGUACCCUGAUGUUGAGCCCCGGCUAGCAGAGCUGAUGCAUUGCCACUCGCUUCCUCUAAGGUAAGUCGUGGGUUUGUGGUCUUGUUGCUGUCAUGUAUAACUGUUCUGUUUCUCAGCUGAGCAACUCAGAAUGACUGGCAAAAAGUAACUUUUUAAAAUGUAUAAAAAGGAAUAGAUGAUAACUAGUAAUAAAAACAUCUUGGCAUCCAAUCACCUAUGAUUCAGCAAGUUCUAGAGGUCAUUUCAAGCCUCAAUGACCUGGUAUGUAAUGUUUGGGUAGGCUACAUUUUCGGUUGUAUUGGAUUUUCCAUAGUCAAAUAUUGUCAUGCUGAGAUUUUCACUUCUUCCAGCUCCAUCUCUUUCAGCGUGGACCAGUCCCAUGGAUCAUCUUAACCUCUUUCAGUCAUCACUUCCUACCCUGUUCUGGGCCUGGUUGGGGCACAAGUACACAGUUUUGAGGGAGGGGGAUGGGAGUAAAUGCACCUAUUUAACUACCAUUUUAGAAAUCUGCCUGAAACUAUCUCAAAAAUGUACAUUUUGUAUUUCAGACCAUUGCCCUCUUGAACAUUUACCGUAACCCUCAAAACACAGCCCAGUCUGCCGAUGGUUUGCGCUGUGCCGUCAGUGAUGUGGAGAUGCAGGAGCACUAUGACGAGUUCUUUGAGGAGGUCUUCACAGAGAUGGAGGAGAAGUAUGGAGAGGUGGAGGAGAUGAACGUGUGCGAUAACCUGGGAGACCAUCUGGUUGGAAACGUAUAUGUGAAGUUCCGUCGUGAAGAAGACGCGGAGAAGGCAGUGAUGGAUCUGAAUAACCGCUGGUUCAACGGUCAGCCCAUCCACGCCGAGCUCUCUCCCGUUACCGACUUCAGAGAAGCCUGCUGCCGCCAGUACGAGAUGGGGGAGUGCACUCGAGGAGGCUUCUGUAACUUCAUGCACCUGAAGCCCAUCUCUAGGGAGCUGAGGAGGGAGCUGUACGGACGCCGCAGGAAGAGGGGAGGGGGGCAUCAUUCUCGCUCCCGUUCCAGGGAACGUCGUUCGCGCUCGAGGGACAGAGGAAGGGGAGGAGGUGGAGGUGGACGCGACCGCGAGAGAAGGCGCUCCAGAGACAGAGAACGCUCUGGAAGAUUCUAAACCGAGCAUCCACCAAACAGCCAUCCUUCCCAUCUCCAUUAUCACUCUCCAUCCAUCCCCAAAUCACUCUAUCCUUGCCUCCAUUGCAGCCUAUCAAUUCACCCUUGGCCCUUUCAUAUAAUUGUGUCCCAAUGACCAAAAUGAAUUGGAAAAUGUUGGACUUGUUUUUUUUUUCCUUAUCAUUUUUAUUCAAGAAAUGGAACACUUUCCUUUUCAAUACAAAAAAAAAACUAUGAUUUGUACAAAUUUCUUCUCACUUUCUUAUAAAAUAGUUACUCUGGAAAACAGAAAGUAAUGUUUUUCUAGUGAACAGCAAUGAGUAACUGUUACUUUUGCCUUGAGUCAUCAUUCUCUAGACUGGGCUUACUGUAAGUGAGGGAAGUUAAAUACUUCCCAUAGACUCCUCCAUGAUUCCCAGUAACUUGACUCCCUCAGCUAAUUUCUCACUCAGAACAUGCUCAGUUGUGAACUGGGUGUUCUCUUGGCUCAAAAAGACAGUUGCCAUAGAUAUGAAGGAUUAUCUCCUAAACCAUAACCAUAUCAUAUUCCUUUUUUCCAGUUUCCCAUGCCAACACUUGCCUGUUUGGAUUAUGUCUAGAAGUACAUAUUGAAUGCGUUGACCUGUAAUUUUGGAUAAAUUGACUUGGCUGGAGAGAGAGGACUCAAGGCCAUGGUGUGGUUGAAGUAACACAUUUAAUACAGAAUUCUUCUGGGUACAUGUAUUUACAUUCAAUAUGAGAAUGACAAGAGUGCAAGCUGUCAUCAAGGCAAAGGGUGUCUACUUUGAAGAAUCUAAAAUAUAUUUUGAUUUGUUUAAUACUCUUUUGGUUACUACAUGAUUCCAUAUGUUAUUUCAAAGUUUUGAUGUCUUCACUAUUAUGCUACAAUGUAGAAAAUAAUAAAAAUAAAGAAAAACCCUUGAAUGAG